GUACUUUCAGAGGCAAUGUUGUAUCUUAUCCAUUGCUCUCUUUUUCUUUGAGAGCAGAGAGAAAGCAAUGGCAGAUGAUGAAGUGGUUGGUGGCCUCUGGGCAAUGCUAGCUCAGGAAAGGAGGAAGAGCAUUAGCCUGAUGUUCUUAAGGUUCAUCGCUGUUGUUCUCUUGGCUGUAGCAGCUUGCUAUCUCUUCAUCAGCAACUUCAAUUCACAUUUACCAGCGACUGAAAAAAACACUUCAACGAUAGACAAACAAGAACUAGUGAAUAUCUGGCCUUUAUUGAAGGAAUUGGGAGUUAAAGAACAGCAAGAUUUAAAGAAAGAAGUAUGUGAUCUUUCUGUUGGUAAAUGGAUACCAAAAAGCUGA